GAAGGAAGGGGCAGAAAGAGGUGAUGAUCUCAGCUCUGUAUCCAACGCCCUAACAUGAUGCCCGGCAGAAAGCAAGCUCUCAAGAGUGGCUGGAUGAAUGGCCAAGUUUAGUGACAUGGUCUCAGAGGAUACUCCCAUAAGGGAAGCCGGGGAUGUAUCUACACCGUGUGAAGGAUAAGAAUCCAAGGAAAGGAGCAUUCAUAUUCAAGAAGCAUCAGGAGAUUUUCAUCAGGUGCAUACAAGUCCAUGGAAAUGUGCAACCUGACAAGACUUCCUGAGUUCAUCCUCUUGGGACUCUCCCCUCGUCCUGAGGACCAGAAGCCACUCUUUGUCCUCUUUCUUAUCAUGUACCUGGUCACCUUGACAGGAAAUCUUCUCAUCAUCUUGGCUAUCCGCUCUGAUUCUCAACUCCAAAACCCUAUGUAUUUCUUCCUGAGCAUCUUGUCUUUUGCUGAUAUUUGCUAUACAACAGUCAUAGUCCCCAAGAUGUUAGUGAACUUCUUAUCAGAGACAAAGACCAUCUCCUAUGGUGAAUGUCUAGCACAGAUGUAUUUCUUCCUGGUCUUUGGAAACAUAGACAGUUAUCUCCUGGCAGCUAUGGCCAUUGACCGCUAUGUAGCCAUUUGUAACCCUUUCCAUUAUGUCACUGUUAUGGACCACAGGCGCUGUAUGUUGCUACUGGCCUUCUCUACAGCUUUCCCUUGUCUCCACUCCCUUCUAUAUGUCCUUCUGGUGAAUCGACUCACCUUUUGUGCAUCAAAUGUUAUCCAUCACUUUUUUUGUGAUGUCAACCCUGUCCUGAAAUUGGCCUGCUCUUCUACCUUUGUCAAUGAAGUUGUGGCCAUGACAGAAGGGCUGGCCUCUGUGAUGGCCCCUUUUGCCUGCAUCAUCAUCUCGUACCUAAGGAUCCUCAUUGCCAUCCUCAACAUUCCCUCAGCUGCUGGAAAACGCAAAGCCUUCUCCACCUGCAGCUCCCAUCUCACUGUGGUGACUCUGUUUUAUGGGAGUAUUAGCUAUGUCUACUUCCAGCCGUUGUCCAGCUACACUGUCAAGGACCGAAUAGCAACAAUCAUCUACACCGUACUGACAUCAAUGUUGAACCCAGUGAUCUACAGUUUAAGAAACAAAGACAUGAAACGGGGCUUAGAGAAAUUGAUAAGCAGGAUUAAGUCUGAAAUGGAUAGGCUUUCUACUGCAAAAAACAACAAAAUCUGUGGCUCCUGAUUGCAAAGUAUGGGUGUGGGUGUGUUUGCAUGCAUGCACACUCGUGUAUGGACACACACAAACACACUCACCAGCACCUGAGGCAAGUCUUUGGUGGAGAAAUACUCUUUCAUCAUUGUAGCUACACCCUGUAGUUUUCCACUUGCGGUUUCUAUCAUGCUGUGGUUGGACCCAUGUCUUGGUACAUGUGCUAUCAUUGUAGACUCACCCCAGAAUCUCUCUCCAUUCCAGAAAAAUCAUAUUCCCUUUAUUUCUUCCACAUUUAUUUGGAACCUCCC